AUGGCAUCAGGGCUUGGUGGGGUUUUGAAGGAGGCCAAGGUGUUCCACUACGGAUCCAUAAGCUUGAUCGUGGAGCCAUGCAGAUCGGCGCACAUUAAGGCGAUGGAGGUGGCGAAGGAAGCUGGAGCUCUCCUCUCAUAUGACCCAAACCUCCGACUUCCGCUUUGGCCCUCACCUAAGGAGGCGCGUGAGCAGAUUCUCAGCAUAUGGGACAAGGCUGAGGUGAUCAAGGUUAGUGACGUUGAGCUGGAGUUCCUCACCGGCAGCGACAAGAUCGACGAUGAAUCCGCAUUGUCGCUCUGGCACCCAAAUCUCAAGCUCCUCCUCGUCACCCUCGGCGAGCACGGCUGCAGAUACUACACCAAG